GUUUAACGGUUCGUCCGUCAGAGAAAGGAUGUGAGAAGAGGAGGAGGCUUGCGGUUUCUGUAGCAAGCAUGCGGCUUUGUUAGAUUCGGUGGAUUUUGUACUCCGGCUUUACAUGCAAUGUAUUUGUGUUACAUGGAAUUCGUUUUUCCCAUUUGUGUUUUCUACCGGAUACAUUCUUAUAGCUUGAAAUCGAGUGUUUUCCUGUGCGGCUCGGUUCAUUGGUAAACUAGCGGUUGCAUCAGUUGACUGUCAAUCAAGUCUCGGCUCUCUGCACCUGGUAUUAAUUUUAAUUUGCCGGUGAAUGUUUGUUGACAUUGAGUUUUGGAGCAAUCCUUUUCGUUUAGCUUUUGGUAACCGAUAGCUUUUUCAAUAACCGAUAGUUUAUUGUACAGCCUUAUUGACAAGGUAAGAUUGUAACCGUAACUCAGGCUACAGUACCCCUAGUUACAUUAAUAGCGGACUGUAUCCCGGAAAAUUACAUCUUGACAGCGCAAGGAGGAACUAGCCUACAAGUAACUGUCCUCUCGAUUACUGUAUCAGUGAUUGCCAAAGCGUUGUUUGACAGCUGUCUUUGGGAACGCGUUGGACAAUAGGGCUUGCUUGGAGGAGCCAUCUGCUAUUGUUUUCUCCUGCGGAUAGAUCAACACAUGAACAUGUCGCUCAGCAGAAGUAUUGAAUGGGAACACUUUGAGGAACGGGACAAAACGCACCGUUCAUCGCGGGCUAACGGCUCGGGAUCCCAGUCAGGCUCCAGAGGCAACGGUCUCGUGCCCAGCCCGGCGCACAGCGCGCACUGUAGCUUUUACCGAACGCGCACGCUCCAGUCGCUCACCUCCGAGAAGAAAGCCAAAAAAGUGCGGUUCUACCGAAAUGGGGACAAAUACUUCAAUGGUUUGGUGUAUGCCGUGUCCAACGACCGUUUUAGGUCCUUAGACGCCCUGCUUAUUGAGCUUACCCGGUCUCUCUCGGACAACGUCAACCUGCCUCAAGGUGUCCGGAGCAUCUACACGGUGGACGGCGGCAAGAAGAUCAGCAGCCUGGACGAGUUAGUGGAGGGUGAGAGCUACGUGUGUGCCUCCAACGAGCCUUACCGCCGAGUGGACUAUACCAAGAACAUUAACCCUAACUGGUCAGUGGGCAUCAAGGCCGGCCAGUCCCGCUCCCUGUCCUCCCUCAGCACCCUGGUAAAGGGCGAGCUGCAGCGUAGCGAGGCCAGCCUGGGCACCAGAGACUUCAUCAAGCCCAAGCUGGUGACGGUCAUCCGCAGCGGGGUCAAGCCCAGGAAGGCUGUGAGGAUCCUGCUGAAUAAGAAGACGGCCCACUCCUUCGAACAGGUGCUGACCGACAUCACGGACGCCAUCAAGCUGGACUCCGGGGCGGUCAAACGGCUCUACACACUGGAGGGAAAACAGAUCACCUGUCUCCAGGACUUCUUCGGCGAGGACGAUGUGUUCAUCGCGUGCGGACCAGAGAAGUACCGCUACGCCCAGGAUGACUUCCUGUUGGAUCACAGUGGUAAGGAUACUGAAUGCCGGGUGCUCAAGUCCUCAUACUCUGCUCGCUCGCCCACUCCAACGAGGGCUGCUGGGAGCAAGAGCCCUGGACUCUCACGCCGUAUCAAGUCCCCUGGCAUAGUAAGAAGACCAAUCCAUUACUCCACCAGUAGCCAGUCUCCUGUUAAAUCCCCAGUCAAUGGUGUCCCCAGCAGUACGAUCUCCACCCCCAAGUCCACCAAAUCCAGCAGCUCCUCCCCCACCAGCCCCCGCAGUAUACACAGCUUCAAGAUUCCGCCACAUCACACGUCUGCCACCAAUGUGAACGGGUCUUCACACAGUCUGGAGCUGGCCUAUAACAUGAGUCCUGAGGUUAACGGCAACAGCUGUAGCUCUAUCACAACCGUCCUGGAUAAGUACAAGGUCGGCAAGGUCAUAGGAGACGGAAACUUUGCCGUGGUGAAAGACUGUGUAGAACGGUCCACUGGGAAGGAGUAUGCACUGAAGAUCAUUGACAAGGCCAAGUGCAGUGGAAAGGAGCACCUGAUAGAGAAUGAGGUGGCAGUGCUGAGGAGAGUCAAACACCCCAACAUUAUCCAGCUGAUAGACGAAGUGGACACACCCACUGAACUCUACCUGGUCAUGGAGCUGGUCAAGGGUGGCGACCUGUUUGAUGCCAUCACGUCCUCCACUAAGUACACAGAGAGAGAUGCCAGUGUCAUGGUGUUUAACCUGGCUGGAGCCCUGAAGUACCUCCAUAGCAUGAACAUAGUACACAGAGACAUCAAGCCUGAGAACCUGCUGGUGUGUGAAUACCUUGAUGGCACUAAGUCUCUGAAGCUGGGGGACUUUGGUCUGGCCACUGUGGUUGAGGGGCCCCUGCACACCGUGUGUGGAACCCCCACCUACGUGGCCCCUGAGAUCAUCGCUGAGGCUGGUUAUGGUCUGAAAGUGGAUAUCUGGGCAACUGGGGUCAUCACUUACAUCCUGCUCUGUGGCUUUCCUCCCUUCCGCAGUGAGGACAACCUUCAAGAGGACCUGUUUGACCAGAUCCUGGUGGGACGACUGGACUUCCCUGCUCCCUACUGGGACAAUGUCACGGACUCAGCCAAGGAGCUGAUUGGGCGGAUGCUGCAGGUGAACGUGGAGGCUCGCUACACAGCACAGGACAUCCUCUCUCAUCCCUGGGUCACGGAUGACAACAUGGAGAACAACAUGAAGAUGGAGGUGUCAGGUAAACUGAGAACACACUUCAACACAGUACCAAAGCCCAGCACAACCACAGCAGGAGUGUCAGUCAUCAUGAACACAGCUCUAGAUAAGAAGAGGAUCCAGCUGACUCGUCGCAGCCAAAGGCCCACAGCACCACCUCCGCCCCCACCACCGCCUGGGAAGAAAGUAGUCCCUCCUGCAGCCAUGCCAGUCAAGCAAGCCUCACCCAACACCAAACACCAACACCCAACACCAGUCUCACCAAACACCAUGUUGCCAGUACCCACCAAGCUGGCAUCACCCACCAAGCCUGCCCUCCCAGAGGAGAAACCCACAAGUCGUCAGACUGAUGUGUCUGCCCCUGUAUCACCUCCCAUCUCUCCUUCAACACCUACCAGACCCGUUACCUCUCCCUCUGUCCCUGUCUCUCCUUCCUCUCCUACCAAGCCUAACGUCUCUAUCUAUCCUACCUCCCCUACCAGGCCCAACAACUCUCCCUCUCCUUCCUCCCCUACUAAACCUGAUAUCUCUCCCUCUCCUUCCUCUCCUACUAAACCUGAUAUCUCUCCCUCUCCUUCCUCUCCUACUAAACCUGAUAUCUCUCACUCUUCACCUACCAAACCUAUUAUCUCUCCCUCUCCUUCCUCUCCUACUAAACCUGAUAUCUCUCCCUCUCCUUCCUCUCCUACUAAACCUGAUAUCUCUCCCUCUCCUUCCUCUCCUACUAAACCUGAUAUCUCUCCCUCUCCUUCCUCUCCUACUAAACCUGAUAUCUCUCCCUCUCCUUCCUCUCCUACUAAACCUGAUAUCUCUCACUCUUCACCUACCAAACCUAUUAUCUCUCCCUCUCCUUCGUCACCUACCAAACCUGAUAUCUCUCCCACUUCACCUACCAAACCUGAUAUCUCUCCCUCUUUACCUACCAAACCUGUUAUCUCUCCCUCUUCACCUACCAAAACUGUUAUCUCUCCCUCUUCACCUACCAAAACUGUUAUCUCUCCCUCUUCACCUACCAAACCUGUUAUCGCUCCCUCUCCUUCCUCUCCCUCUUCACCUACCAAACCUGGUAUUGCUCCCUCUUCACCUACCAAACCUGUUAUCUCUCCCUCUUUACCUACCAAACCUGUUAUCUCUCCCUCUUUACCUACCAAACCUGUUAUCUCUCCCUCUUCACCUACCAAACCUGUUAUCUCUCCCUCUUUACCUACCAAACCUGUUAUCUCUCCCUCUCCUUCCUCUCCCUCUUCACCUACCAAACUCCAAAUUUCCCCUUCUCUUUCCUCUCCAACCAAGCUCCAUGUCUGUGCCUUCCCUGGGGCCUCUCAUAUGCCAGUUACUUGCCCCUCUGCCUCAUCACCUUCCAAACGCAAAGCCUCCCCCUCUCCUCCUGCCCCUCUCUCUUCCUCCUCUCCUCCCUCUCUUUUUACCUGCCCCUCUCCCUCCGACCCUCUGUCUCCCUCUGCCUUUCCCAGCCCUCCCUCACCCCUGACCUGCUCCUCUCCCUCCUCUCCCACCCCUCCAUCACCCGUUACCUGCUCCUCCCCAACCGUGCCCCCACCCCUGGUGGGCCUUGACGUUGAAGCUGCUGCUACUGCCAGAGAGCUGUGAGAAAGAAUGAUGGAUGAGAAGACUGGCUGCUGGACCAUGGUCUAAUUUGUACCUUUCCAGCCCCCUGACCUCCACGCGCCGUAUCCCCAGACCUAUGUUUCGCAUGUAGGGGGCUAGAUACAGAUAGAACCUCCAUCCCCAGUAACAGUAUAACAGCUGAUGUCCACUGCUGUAUCGUUCCUAUUCUCCCAAGCAACAAAUGGCAAAAAAAAGCAAAAUGACCCCUACAACAUACAGUACAAUCUCUGUAGAGAACCCAUCAUAUCCACGCUCCAAGAGGGAAGUUGAGGUGUUUUGUACAUUUUGGUUGAUUUUGUAUAUACUGUAUGUGUGUAUUUAUAUAUGAGCGAUAUGGAGAAAACAGAGCAAGGCCUGGCUAGUUAGGGUCUGUGUGGUUUCAGACAGGGUUUUCUGGAAUGACUUCUGAUCAUGUUUUAUUUAUUGUCUGUGGUUGGUAGACACACACAUGUUGAUUAUGGGUAGAAGUGUAUUAUUUGGCGUGCUUGUUGUCUGUUGUAAGAUAAACUUCUACUGUAGAUGUGUAUAUAGUAUUGUAUGACAGACACGAGGCACCAGAAUGAAAGUUGAAGGUUUGAGUUUGUAUUCUUCUCUUGCCUGUUUAUCAUUGGUCCGCUAUGGAGCCUGUAGUGUUUAACUGCUGAACACCAAAAGAGAGACGCAACAGAGUAGAAGAUGAACGUGUCAAUGAGGAGAGGUGUGCCUGUGAAAAUAGCUGCCAGAUCAGGGGUGUGUUCAGGGCGGCAGGUAGCCUAGCGUUUUGAGAGUUUUUGGCCAGUAACCGAAAGGUCACUGGUUCGAAUACCCGAGCCAACUAGGUGACAAAUCUGUUGAUGUGCUCUUGAGCAAGUCACUUAACCCUAAUUGCUCCUGUAAGUCACUCUGGAUAAGAGCAUCUGCUAAAUGACUACAAUGUAAAUGUUCAUCAGGCACAAAACGGAAGAAAACAGACAAACAGGAAGAGUCUUCCUGGACAUGUCCUGUAAGAAACAUGUGUCCUCCGUUGCGAAACGUUUUUCAUUGUGUGCCCUAAUGAACCUGACCCAGUAGUUAGAUUCCUUUUCUGAAACCAGCUGUCAGGAAACACUGGGAGCUUUAUCCCCUCAUAUACUAAUUUAUCAGUCCAGAUUUACCGGAUAAUAACGUGAGGCUGUUCCACUUUGCUGUUGUCUUUGUCUGUAAUGGUAAUGCACUUGUUUUAAAGUCCAUGUUUAAGUCCCAAAUCGCACCCUAUUACCUAUAUAGUGUACUACUUUUGAGCAGGGCCCAUAGGGUUGGGGAAUAGGGUACCAUUUGGGAUGCAGCCUGUAUCUCUUUACCUAGCCUACUGCAUGCAGUUGGUUAGAGUUUAACCCUUUGGAUAUUGAUAAUGGCGCCGAUGCACAGCACUACUACUCCAAGGGGCUUUAGUUGCAUGCCAUGUUCCUCCCUCUGCCUCCCCACAAAACAGGUCUCUCUAACACGCACGUCAAGCUGGUACUAUUGUACGUAUAGUAGCUGUUCUGUUGUGUAAUGUUUAGUCAAACUACACUGUCAUCAUCAUAAUGCUUUUUUUAUUGCAGUUUUAGUCUGGAUACUUGUAUGAAAAUUACAUUUCAAACAGGAAAAACACUCCUGUCAGCUUUGGCCAACCGUUUUAGUCUGGAUACUUGUAUGAAAAUUACAUUUCAAACAGGAAAAACACUCCUGUCAGCUUUGGCCAACAGUUUGUCUGGAUACUUGUAUGAAAAUUACAUUUCAAGCAGGAAAAACACUCCUGUCAGCUUUGGCCAACAGUUUGUCUGGAUACUUGUAUGAAAAUUACAUUUCAAACAGGAAAAACACUCCUGUCAGCUUUGGCCAACAGUUUUAGUCUGGAUACUUGUAUGAAAAUUACAUUUCAAGCAGGAAAAACACUCCUGUCAGCUUUGGCCAACAGUUUGUCUGGAUACUUGUAUGAAAAUUACAUUUCAAGCAGGAAAAACCCUCCUGUCAGCUUUGGCCAACAGUUUUAGUCUGGAUACUUGUAUGAAAAUUACAUUUCAAACAGGAAAAACACACCUGUCAGCUUUGGCCAACAGUUUUAGUUUGUGCAUUUUGCCACUGUGACUCCCUUUAUCAUUAUGUAUUAGCAGCACAUCGGAGAACUUCAAACGCAAUAAAAAGUAUUCAAAUCA